CCGAACGGAAGUGUCAUCUUGCUCGACGUGCAUUUGUUGUUUUCAUUUGACACUUGUCAUUAAAUUGUAGUAAUCGCGUUGUUGCGUACGUCGUAGUAAACACGGCAAAAACAAAACAGCGUAACGUGUCAAGUGUGUUUAAUUUGACUAGUUAAACUCCUUAGUAGGAAGACCCAACAAUGGCUAAACUCAUUGGAACUUACACCCACGAAAGAAAUGAAAAUUUGGAACCAUACUACUCAGCUAUUGGCGUGCCGUAUGUCGCCCGCAAAAUGAUGUCAUUCACUAGCCCCAGACUUACAAUAAGUAACGAAGGGGAUGAAUGGACAAUUACUACAAGUACCACACUAAGAACAGUUUCAUCCAAAUUUAAACUGAAUGAAGAAUAUGAUGAAGAUAUGCCUAAGGGAGCAUUAAAGAGUACCACUACUGUUGAAGACGAAUCUACUCUGAAAACAGUUUCAGUUGGACCUAACGAUACAAAGAUAACACGCACGUACACGUGCACUGAUGAAGGAUGCGUUCUUACUCUACGGCACGAGGGAAGCGGAACUGAGGCAAAACGAUAUUUCAAGCGGGUGUAAGAAAUUUCAGGCAAUUCUCUCCUCCAAUUUAUGCAUUUUUUUAAUAUACGUAAUACUCUAUCUCUAUGUGGAAAAAUGAUUGUGCAAUAAAUGUAAUCAAUGUUUGAAAGCAUUAAAACUAAUCCUUACUA